AUGGCUGCUUUGGUUCAGACCAUUCCCCAGCAAAGUGGCACGGUUUCUGUGCUUCAAACUCGCCCCUCUUCGUCCUCUGGCACCUUCACAUCUGCACCUCAGCCCUCGCAACAACAGAAUCCCCGCAACCCAGCAAUGUCUUGGAAUACAUACAACACAGUCGGCAGCUCUGGGAGCUAUAGAUCAGGUCACCAGGUUGUGGCCCCCUACGCUUUCACCAGCACCCCCAGCCUUUCCAAUUCCGUCAACGCGCAGAACCGUCAGUCGUGGUCCCCGCAUCUGAGGCCAGAACAUCGAACAUCUUCUGCCCCUUCCGUGCCCCAAGAGUCUCACAGUACCGCCCACGUCGGCCCCAACUCGCGUUCCGUGAAUCAUCCUGCAGCUGGCUCUGUAUCUACUUCCUCUUCCGAUUCUUCCCUUCAAUCCCACGGGUCCAAAGACGACACUGCGAUCCCCUCUCGGCUCCACACUGAGCAGCCUCUUCGCCCUUUAUCCACCGCCAACCUCCCUUCCCCUACUCCCUCCUUCAUGAACAUCUCUUCACCUACGGUUGCUAAACCGUCUCCCGAUCGUUAUCGUCGUGGAAAUCGACGCUCAGAUGGUGCCGCCGGCGCCCAGUCGCCUGCGACAGCCUCGACCGUGUCUGGACCCCCCAGGAUGAUGGACGAUCAGUCGGCACAAUCAAAGGGCUUGGCUCCUCGCAGCAGACCUCAUAUCCGGGUAUCGAGUGCCGAUGACACUGCUCGUGCAGACAAACCACAAGCCGAACUUGCCAAGCGAUACAGGCGUCGGAGCUGGGGAACUAUUGAUAAUGCUGGCCUCAUUAACCUACAGCUUCACUUGCCCUCAUCGCCAACGCCAACCCCGGGCGCACAAGAUUAUUUCGACCCGAACACCCGACCGCGAUCGCCCCCAUCCCAGAAAGAGGCCCCGGGAAGCAUUCGCUCUACAAACUCGUCGACUUCGUCUUCGGCGCGCGAGUCAGCACCCACCGAUCCGACAUCCGCUUCCAACAAGAGUGUGACCAAAUCAGAUGACUCGAAGCGAACCAACAAACCCUCCCCUCUAUCUCAACCCGCUUCUGCAGAGACAAGUUCCCCGAAGCCUGCUGCUGCUGCUGCUGCUGCUGCACAGCCCCCGAAGGAGAGCGCACCCUCCAUUGCUCCCACGGAAAGCCUCGCAACAAAACGCCUGGCUGAGAUCACGAGAAACGAUUCCAAAGGUCCUGGCAAAUCCAGGUUGCGGAGGGCAUUCUCGUUUGGAAGCGCUUCGGAGCUUCUCAAGGCGUCGCAACAGAGCAGUGCAAGCAAAAGGGAGGCGAUGGCUUUGGAGCAGGCUCGUAGGGAUAUGCUCAAGGAGGAACUUGGCCCCGAGCAAGCUGCUAUUGCUGAACAGCAAGAAGCAAGUGGGCUGGGCGAGAGUAUCUAUUCGCACCACCAAGGGCACUUCUUCAAUCGCUCCACAGAUAAUCUCUCCGUUUCCUCCACAGCCUCCUCUGCUUCGGUUAUGCUUCGGAAGAUGGGCAAAGGGAUGAAGAGGUCUACGCGCUCGCUAGUCGGAUUGUUCCGUCCCAAGUCCGUUAUGAGCUCAAAGUCGACCGAUGGUGUCCUUGAGCCGAUGAAUCCUCAACUGUCGGUAGUCAAUAUUGAAGCGGACAGAGCAAGCGUCACCGCAAACGCAGAUCCCCAGGACCUCCCCCACGGUGGUACUGUAUUCCCCAAAAUGGAGCCUGCUGCAGAUACAAAGGGCGCGCCAGGCAGCGAGAACGCCGACAAAGGCCAAUCGCGUAAAAGCAUCGUGGGAGGAGACAGGGAACGAGCAGAGGUCCUAGCGGCCGUUAGAAAGGGAAUUUUGAAAAAAACAUAUUCUGAUCUCGGUGUCUCUUCGCCAGCAGCCAAGGUCGCUGAAAGUAGUGACUCGCCGCACUCGAGUGCUCCUAGCACCCCCGAAGACCAGACGCGAUCUGGAAACCGACGCGGCGAUGGGGUUAAGAUUGCUGGCGAGGACUAUUUCUCGGAGGGACGAUUGAACGGUGCUGAAUCUAAGAGUGCACCCAUCACUCCUCAGGCCAUGGCCCCGAAAAGUCUCAUCUUCAGCCCUCGGAUCCAGUUCCACGAGACAUGGCCGAGUGGCGAGUACGACCGACGCGGAGAGAUUGCUACAUGCAACCGGUUGACUCCUCUUCUUGCUCAGCAGAUCAAGGAGGAGCUCAACAACUUCAAAAUGGAGAUGGAAGUUCACGAGACUUCGAAAGUUUACACCCACUUCCUUUAA